AUGGCCAUCUUCCCACGACACGGCGACGAGGUGGAAGCCGCAGCCUCCAUGGCAGGCAUGACAGGCAUGACAGGCAUGGACGGCAUGGACAUGAGCAACUCGUCCACGAUGAUGGCCACCAUGAUGGUCGCCUUCCACAACGACAUCGCCACUACGCUAUACUCGGAGAUGUGGACGCCCUCCAACGCCGGCACCUACGCCGCGACCUGCAUCUUCCUCAUCAUGCUGGCCGUAAUCUUCCGCAGCCUCUUUGCCCUCAAGGCCAUCCAGGAGAGCCGCUGGUUGGAUCAGGAGCUCAACCGCCGCUAUGUCGUCGUCAAUGGCCGCCGCACCAUGCCCGAUGACCUCGCCCGCAACAGCCUCAAGGACAACAUGAUGCUCUCUGCCAACGGCGUCGAGGAGGAGGUCAUGGUCGUCAAGAAGAAGCACACUCACGCUCGCCCGUGGAGGUUCUCGGUUGACCCCAUCAGGGCCGUCAUCGAUACUAUUAUUGCUGGUGUUGGGUACCUGCUCAUGUUGGCUAUCAUGACGAUGAAUCUCGGCUACUUCCUCUCUGUCCUCGGUGGCACGUUCCUCGGAAGCCUUGCUGCCGGGCGCUAUGCGGUCAUGGCGGAGCACUGA